GUCAAACUAAAGCUGAUUUAUUUUACACUCUUACUCUUUUGAGGAAGCACUGUACUAGUCAGUCAUGUCACAUGAAGUGUGCUGAAUGUGCUGGUUUGUGUCGCCACAUAUUUGAAUGCUCCUGCUAUGAUUAUGCAAAUGGUCAUAUUUGCAAACAUUUACAUGGACUACAAAUUAAACUAAUAAAUUCAGAAGUACCUGGUACUAGUGAAGCAGAGAGUAUAACAGUAAACUAUGACAGUGCAAUGGAGAGCACUAACAUUGCAAUCCAUGAUCCCGUUUCUAUUCCAUCAGGUUAAAUACCUUAGUUUGAUUAUAUUACAUCAAAGGAAUAGGUUCAUCUGUGAAAGUAACAGAGUGUAAAACAAUGAUUACCGAACUUAGUGCCAUGUUUAGUGAAUCAAAUGCUGACAAUAUUGCACCAGUUGUAGAACGAAUUCACACACUACUGUAGAAUGCUCUAAAAACAGCUCAAGCUGUAGAAAACUGUACUACACUUGGUGAUACUAGUGACAACAUGAUAGUGGAAGAGUUUGAAAUUAGAAGAUCAAUUUGUCCGGAUCAGUGUUUGGAAAAGCAGCCUCAGUUUCACAGAACUACUAGGCCUAAACAUCGCACUUCUAAGCAUAUAUUAAAGAAAGCUGAUGCUUCGAGACGACUAGACAUUAUCAAAUCGCUAGAACAAAAUGAAGCAAUAGAAUAUUUAAUGACACUGCUGGAUACAGAUGACAAUGGGGAAAAUGUCAAUGCAGAUCAUACCUCUAACCUUCCAAUUUACUGUACAUGCAGAAAGACAGAUGAUGGAUCACUGAUGGUACAAUGUGCAAGAUGUUCAGAAUGGUUUCAUUUGCAUUGCUUGACUAUCAGUGAAGAAGAACUUCCUGAUGGUGACUGGAUUUGUAAUUCAUGUAUGUAGCUUUUUGA